AUGUCUAUAUUUAAAAGGUAUAUCACUAAAACUGUAGUGGCUAUUGUAAAGAAGUAUACAAAAUUAGUGACAUAUUUGGAAAACAAAUGGGAAGGUAAACAUGCUUCAUCAUUUUAUAAUUAUAAAUUAUUUAAAAAUGGUGUCCACUCGACGUUGAUAGAUUUGGGUGACCUCAGUCAGUUAUGGAUAGAUAUUACUUGUCGUUCUCAGUCAAUCUUAGAAAUCCUACCGACUCUUAGUAGACAUCAGGUGUAUGUCCUACGUCAGGUGCCUAAAGAUUUGGUGAAGAUUUUGCCGGUAAUGCUUCUUGCUCCAUUACCAGGAACAAUACUAAUUUUACCAAUCUUUUUUGCUUUUCCUCGUAUUUUUCUGUCACGAGCAUUUUGGACACCAGAACAAUGUAAAUCUAUCGAUACAAAAUGUUUGAAAGAUCGAUUUGACUAUAAUACUCAAUCUUUAUUAAAGUCUAAGCUCUUGACAAUAAUUUAUUCGUCCCCAUGUUCUAUGAAUUAUUCUCAACCUAUUUUGAAGUCCUUAAGAAAGUUAGCUAGUGCGUUAAGUCAGGUUUCAAUAUUAGAACCAAUUUCAAUCGAACAAAUUCGUGAUUUAGUACCUGCUUUCAAAGGUCCAUUAUCUUUAGAACAAUUGGAUACAAGUCAUUUAGCGGCUUUAUGUCGAUUAAACGGUCUCUCUAUAUAUUCAUAUAUUUGGAUGAUGAAUACAUUAUUAUGGAGUGAUUUAUUCAAGAGAAAAUCUAUUCUAAAAACAUCUCGUAUACUUGUAUUAAAGAAACAUGCAUAUUUCUUAUAUGUUGAAGACCAAUGUAUGCAAAAAGAUAAGUUAUUCAAUGAUAAUUCUUUAUCGAUUUUACAAAAUUCUGAAUUGAAACAACUUUGUUUACUACGAGGAAUUAAUCCGUACUUAUUAAAUCAUAAAGAUUUGGAGGAAAAAUUACAGUAUUGGAUUUCAGCAUCAACCGUUGCUUCAGAAACGGAUUUCAGUUUUCGUUUACAUCUUCCCUUAUUAUUGUGUUCCAAUAAUAUUGAUAUUAAUAAUAAUAAUAGUAUUAAUAAAUAUUAA